AUAAAGGAGCAAAUGGCGGUAAAAUUGGGGCAGUUAUUUUCGUCAAUACAAAUUCAAUUUUAUUACAUAUUUUGCGCAAAGCCUCUGUCAGUCGAUAGGCUAUGUUUUCUAGCAGCUUUCACCGGGGAAGUCUCAUGCCGGGGCAUAUAAACUUUCAGGCAGUUUAAACGUUCCUCGCCUCCGCCUGAAAACAAAUUUUAAUUCGCGUUCAAUAUUUUCGUUUAAAAGUCUGCAAAAAUAUUGUCUCGAGCUCAAGAAUCUAGUAGCUCUAAACCAGCGAUACUUUUAGUUCUACUUUUCGUUUAUUGUAAAUAGAUUGAAUCGAAGCUGUAGGGAAGUUGGUUUUGGUUCGUCUCAAUUAAAAAAUUUUUGCUUUCGUAGGGUUUCGUUGUAUUUUCCCGCAAGCUCUGCCCAUUUUUUUUUCUCAUCGGCACCAUUGACAGUACGGCGAUCUGUGCAGAACCUCGAGAUCUGCAGCUUGAAUGUGGCCGUGCAAGUGCCAGCACUCUUCCAAUUAGAUCCCUCAUCUGGAGCCUGGGCUGAAUAUUUUUUCAUUGUUUGGGAGAUUUUGGAGUUUGACAUAAUUUUAUCUCAAACGAAGGAAACACAUAAGAGGAAGACAAGCACCCAACAUUGCACAAAAUAUCGGGAAAAGCAAUUGAAAAGUGAUAAACUGCAGUUUUUCUUGGAAUUAAAGAAAGUCUGGCAAGUCACCACUGUGAGAGGUGUUGUAGCUGCCACACUAUACUGGUCUUGAUAUGGAGGAGAAAAGUAAAAAUUUAAAUGCCAAAAAUAAGGGGCAUUCUUAAUUUAAGAGUGCCACCCAAAACUUCUAAUUUUGUUGAAGUGCUGUUGCUUGAGCAAUUUUUACAAUCAUGGCAGAUUAUUUUGACAUUGACCAUAUUCUCAUGGAGGAGGAGGUAGUGUCUAUAGUGUUUCGAGUUGGCGCAAAUGGAGUUGGUCUCUUGGAUCCCGGAUCUGAAAACAAUAAUGUAGAGGCAGGUGCAAAAGUGGAGUUGCCUUUUUGGUUGGCCCAGGAUCUAUGCCUCAGACGUGCGGUUGCUAUCAACAUCCCAACCUUUUUCAACCAAAGGAUUAAGAAGGAAAUAAAAGCUGAUCCUGGUUGUGUCAACCUGAGAAGUCGAUGCCCCUACUUUUAUGAGUUAGGGUGCAAAAUUGCACCUUUAGUUUCAGAUAAAAGUGUUGGGCCCUUCCUUCUUGACACAUUUCGAGGGCGUUACCAAGAUAUUCUUUGCAAAGCUCAUAGAGAAGCCUUUUCAUUGACAUCAAAGUCCCAGAAGCUUCUCACAAGGGAGGAAAGCCAAUUGUUUGAAGCAGCACGCGAUUCAAUGAAAGCUUUUAAGAAGUGGCGACUUCAGGGCCCAAGAUUGGAGAAGGCAUCUGUUUUGGGUCGUAAGAGAAAACAAAAUGAUUCUUUGCAUGCCACCUGAUACAAAAUCCUUAAAUUUAUUUGAAUUUGACCCCUUUUGCCUGAGAAGCAAUGAGUGUCCAGUGCAAAAAGGUUGCUCCUCGUGUAAAUAAACAUUGCACAAACUCCAUAGACCAUCUCAAUGAAUAUGAACUUGAAUAUUGUGCAGAGGAAAGUAGAUGACCUAUGUUUAUGGAUAUUAAAUAAGUAACUCUUUCGAUUAA